AUGGUAGCUUCUGAUUCACGGCCAAUGAGACUCCGCUUGCGAGCUGAACUCUUUUUGGCAUCAUUCGCAGUGAGAGAAGAGAGCAUACGCAGUGAAGAAGGGAGUGGAGCUUAUAUUUCAAAGUAUAUUAAAGGUAUUCUAAAAUCAAGAUUAUCCCGACGUGAGCAGUCACGCUGGAAUAUAAUAGAUGAUACAACUUAUAUGGCUUUCUUUGAAGAAUUUGCGUCUCUUAAUCCAGUUUUUCAUACUUUCUUAUUUUACGGGAGGAGAGACGGAGAAGAUCUUUCUUUUCACAUUGUUGGGUUUUUUCGUCUAUCGAUACGGGGUUACAUAUUCUUUUUAUGGGAAAGCUUUUAG